UUAAUACACACAAAAUAAUCCGCCAAUUACGCACGGGCGGCUGUGUGUGAAGAUGAGCCACGGAGGCGGGAUUAGUGAGGAAACGGGUAGAGCCAAUGCCGCUGUGCGCAGGAGUGAAGCGGCCCGGUACCGGGAGGAGGCAGCGCGCCGGGAUUGGCUGCGUAAAGGCUCUGAGCUGAAGGUAGAGCUGAACAGGUCUCACUGACGCCACACAGGAGAGAAGAAGGAUGCGAAAAGACACUGAUCCGCGUCACAUCGCCGUGAUCCUGCACUAACCCUGCACAGCACCCGUCCGCGGGUCUGAAUUCGCCGUCUCUCAUCCAGCUCCUAACAAAACUCCGCGUUAUGGAUUAGACAGAAGGCAGGUCGAGAAGCCACUGUAAACCCCCGUGGCGCGGUGUGUGAUCCGGAUUUCCAGUGGAGGAUAAGACUCAGUUCAAGCCUCAAGCGACAGAAUCAGGACCAUGGACGCGAACAUGCGGAAAUUCACAGUCCGGAGGUGGUUCUCGGUUUACCUGCGCAAAAAGACGCGCUCCAAAAGCUCCAGCUUGUGCAAACUCGAGGAUGACAGUAUCCUGAAAGAGAUUGAUAUAAGCAAUCAUGUGAAAGAAGGCUUCGAGAAAGCUGACCCGUCACAGUUUGAGCUUCUUAAAGUGUUGGGACAAGGCUCCUAUGGCAAGGUAUUUCUGGUGAGAAAAAUUAAAGGCUCAGACACAGGGCAACUCUAUGCCAUGAAGGUGUUAAAAAAGGCCACUUUGAAAGUGCGUGACAGGGUGCGAUCCAAAAUGGAGAGGGACAUUCUUGCUGAAGUGAAUCAUCCCUUCAUAGUGAAACUUCACUACGCCUUUCAGACUGAGGGAAAACUGUAUCUCAUCCUGGACUUCCUAAGAGGAGGCGAUCUCUUCACCCGUCUCUCCAAAGAGGUCAUGUUUACUGAGGAGGAUGUGAAGUUCUAUCUGGCUGAGCUGGCUUUAGCUCUGGACCAUCUUCACAGCCUGGGAAUUAUCUACCGUGACCUCAAGCCAGAAAACAUUCUUCUUGAUGAGGAGGGACAUAUAAAGAUCACUGAUUUUGGUCUGAGUAAAGAAGCGAUAGAUCAUGACAAGAGAGCGUACUCAUUCUGUGGGACCAUCGAGUACAUGGCUCCAGAGGUAGUCAAUAGGAGAGGACACACACAAAGCGCAGACUGGUGGUCAUUUGGCGUGUUGAUGUUUGAAAUGCUGACUGGAUCGCUGCCAUUUCAAGGCAAAGACCGCAAGGAGACCAUGGCACUUAUUCUCAAGGCAAAGCUUGGCAUGCCACAAUUCUUAAGCCCGGAGGUACAAAGCUUACUGCGAGCACUUUUUAAAAGGAAUCCAACCAACAGAUUAGGUGCUGGACCUGACGGAGUGGAAGAAAUCAAAAGGCAUCACUUCUUCGCAACCAUAGAUUGGAACAAAUUAUACAGGAAGGAGAUCAAACCUCCGUUCAAACCAGCAGUUGGCAGACCAGAGGACACUUUCCAUUUCGACCCUGAAUUCACUUCCCGCACGCCAACAGACUCACCCGGUGUUCCUCCCAGUGCUAAUGCCCAUCAGCUUUUCCGUGGUUUCAGCUUUGUGGCCACCAAUCUAGGACAGGAGCAGUGUAUAGCAGAGACCAGACCGAACUCCAUCAAUCCUAUAGUACAGCAACUUCAUAGCAAUAACAUCCAUUUCACUGAUGGCUAUGAAAUAAAAGAGGAUAUCGGCGUUGGCUCGUAUUCAGUAUGCAAACGCUGUGUACACAGAAUCACCAGUGUGGAAUAUGCAGUUAAAAUCAUAGACAGAGCUAAGAAGGACCCGUCUGAGGAGAUUGAGAUCCUGUUGCGAUAUGGACAACACCCCAACAUCAUCACUCUGAAAGACGUCUAUGAUGAUGGGAAGUUUGUGUAUCUGGUUAUGGAACUGAUGCGUGGAGGCGAGCUGCUCGACCGCAUCCUGCGCCACAAGGGCUUCUCAGAGAGAGAGGCCUCUGCUGUGCUCUGCACCAUAACCAAGACUGUGGAGUAUCUACAUUCACAGGGGGUUGUACAUCGAGACCUAAAGCCUAGCAAUAUCCUGUACAUGGAUGAGACGGGUGACCCGGAGUCGAUAAGGAUCUGUGACUUCGGCUUCGCAAAACAACUCCGGGCUGAAAAUGGCCUCCUAAUGACCCCUUGCUACACUGCCAACUUUGUGGCUCCAGAGGUUCUGAAGAAGCAGGGAUACGAUGCUGCUUGUGACAUCUGGAGUCUGGGAAUCUUACUGUACACCAUGCUCGCAGGAUUCACGCCCUUCGCCAGUGGACCUGAUGAUACCCCAGAGGAAAUCUUGGCUCGAAUCGGCAGUGGCAAAUACACCCUCUCUGGGGGCAACUGGGACAUGGUGUCUGAUGCUGCUAAGGACAUCGUGACUAAAAUGCUGCAUGUGGACCCUCACCAGCGGCUCACCGCACCUCUGGUCCUCCGUCACCCCUGGAUCGUAAACCAAGAGCAGUUAUCUCUGAGUCAACUCACCCGACAAGAUGUGCACCUGGUCAAGGGAGCAAUGGCUGCUACAUAUUCAGCUCUUAACCGAACGCCACAGGCUCCAAAGCUUGAGCCUGUCCUUGCUUCCUGUCUGGCUCAGAGAAGAGGAAUGAAGAGAGUGACGUCCACUUGCUUGUAGCACACAAUCAAACAGCACCACCUAUAGGCCCUGAAGACCUUCAAGUGUCAAGCCUGGGAGAAGGAACCAGGCAGUCAUCAAUGCACAAAGGGGAGCAUACCAUGUGACCGAUGUAGAUGAGCAAUGGUAGAAUUUUACCCCACGUAUACAGCUUUAGGAAAGUGAGCGACUGAGAGCUGCUCACAUUAAUGCAAAGCACAUUGAGAGUAGAUCCAGAGCUUCCCUGCUGUAAUCCUGAAAUGCGACACAGCCAGGAAAUUGUACUGUUUAGAUAAUAUCACCAACCAAGAGCACAAAUAACAUAACCUGCAAGCUCAAGCUGUGAUGGCUGUCAUGUGUCGCGAGCCAUGUCGAAAUGUUUGGACCUGACUGCUGUCAUAUUGAGCCAGAAUGAUGUCAUUCACCAUCUGGUUCUGGUUGUAAUAAAUUUACAGUAAGUGUGCCCAGAAAAUUGACAUAUUUUUAGUGGACAGCAGGACUGCAGUGCAUUGAAACACUAACACUAAAGCUCUUAAAGGAAUAGUUCAGCAGGGGAAAAAUGUGCAAACACAGUUAUCCCUUAGCCAACAACUGUGUUUGGUAAGUCAAGGUGUGUUUGGUUUCCUUAUAAAGUUGACUUCUUUAGAUAUGCACUGGAGUUAUACAACUAAUACUACUAACAAGGAAGGCGCAUAGGUACCUGUACAUUUCCUUUUUUUUUUUUUUUUUUUUUUUUUUUGCAGAACCGUUCCUUUAAGCCUAUUCAAUUUAUCUAUGAGGUCAUUCGACAUAUACAAUGGUGAGCCCUAUGAAAUAAAUGCUUCUUUGGCUAUCUCAGGUGUUCAGCAUUCAGCACAUGUACACAGUGCAUUUACAUAACCACAGCAGAACAAGCAAUAUUAAGUACAAGAGACUUUAGUAAAUGGACAAGACUAUAAAAGAUGCCAGCAUUAUUGACAUUUCUUUAUCUAAUUCCAACAUGCAUGCAACGUGAGUGGUUUUAUGAAUGAAAAAGGUUCUUUUUUGUCUUCUUAUUGCUUAAUAGCUUGUCGUGAACUGCUUCAAAAAUAUGAUUUUUUUUUUGUUUGUUUUACACCAAACAAUUCAAACAAUUACUAACUGUAUUAAAAAUAUUUUUGCUGAAAAAAAGAUUAUUUAUUUAUUUUUUAAUUUAUUUAAAAUAAUUGUUUCUUCAUAUGUUUGUUUAGAAUAAAAUUUGUUUAUUGUUCAGUUGAAUCAUAAAUUUAUUUAUUUAUUUCACCUGCUGAUUUAUUUACUUGUUUUUGAAGUGCACUUUGACGGUGAAGCUUGUAAAUAAGUGCCCGAGUUUUGCACUAACCUUUGUUCAGAAUUUUUACUAAAAUAUGGGAUAAAUAUAUGCAGACAGUUCUGAGAUUUCUGAGAAAUGGAAUUAAAUGUGAUUUAAAUAUUUUUAGACAUCAGAGGUUUAGCAUGUGGUUUUGCGUAAUCUUACCCGUGAAAAUGCUUGUUUAUUUAUGCGUACAUGUUUCUAACCUUAUACAUGUAUAUAUCAGGUUCUUGAACACCUAUAGGUGAAAACAGUGAUUUUUAUAUAUCCCAGUAACAUAGGGAGCAGAAAUCUUUUUUUUUUACACCACCAUGAAUUUCCUUUUUUAAAUGAAGUUUGAAGAAAGAGCUUUUCCUGUGUGUUUGCUAUCUCACCAUAGCUUGCUCAGAGUCUGUUUUUCACUGCAAUGCUUGUUUCUUUUGGAUGGGAUGUGUGUAAAUGUAUAAUGUUUUACCAGCAUCCUUAACUGCAUGUAAGAAGUUACUUUGAGCUAAGGAUGAUGUUAAAUCUCAGAAUUUUCAUAAACACAGCAUUCUUACCUUGCAAAUUAUGACAACGUAGGAACACUGUGCACUCUCGGAAAUAAAGGUACCACACUGUACUUUUUCUUGUCUCUGGGGUGGUACCAUCAAGGGUGCAUCAUUUGUACCUUUAACAUGUGUCUUUUACCAGGGAAUAUGCAUUUGAUGUACCAUAAAUUAUCUUUUAUAGUAAAGCUUUAAAGGUCCUUUAGGUCCAAUUGUGUAUAAAAAUAUAAGGUAUAAAGAUACAUAGUGAUGGUACCACUUCAGCCACAAGGAAAAGUGCAUUUUGGUACCUUUAUUUCUGAGAAUGUGGAUCAGGUGCAGAGAAAACUGAACAACCAGAGUCAUAUUGUUAUUUUUCAUUCAUUUUGGCUUGCA